AUAGAUAAACGAGCAAAGAGGGUUUACUCAAAGCGAGUGAAUUUUGCGUGGAAGCAAUCCAAAAAGUAAUAGAGUUUGUGUGUACUUAUUUAAAAAAUCAAAAUGGUGAAAGCUCCAGCAGUUGGAAUUGACUUGGGAACUACCUACUCCUGUGUCGGAGUGUGGCAGCACGGAAAGGUGGAAAUCAUCGCCAACGACCAAGGUAACAGAACGACGCCCAGCUAUGUUGCAUUCACGGACACGGAGCGUCUGCUCGGGGACGCCGCUAAGAACCAGGUGGCGAUGAAUCCCAGCAACACCGUCUUCGACGCCAAGAGGCUCAUCGGCCGCAAGUACGACGACCCGAAAAUCCAGCAAGAUUUUAAACACUGGCCCUUCAAAGUUGUCGGCGAUGGCGGCAAACCUAAGAUCCAGGUGGAAUAUAAGGGCGAAAUUAAGAAAUUCGCUCCCGAAGAGAUCAGUUCCAUGGUGUUGACCAAGAUGAAAGAAAUCGCCGAGGCCUACUUGGGUACGGAUGUUAAAGACGCCGUCAUCACCGUGCCGGCCUACUUCAACGAUUCGCAGAGGCAAGCUACGAAAGAUGCAGGUGCCAUUGCGGGCCUUAACGUAUUGAGAAUUAUCAACGAACCCACUGCGGCAGCCUUGGCGUACGGUCUAGACAAAAACCUGAAGGGAGAGAAGAAUGUACUCAUAUUCGACUUGGGUGGUGGCACCUUUGAUGUGUCCAUCCUAACUAUCGAUGAAGGAUCCCUAUUCGAAGUGAAAGCCACGGCUGGCGACACUCAUCUGGGUGGAGAGGAUUUCGACAACAGAAUGGUGAAUCAUUUUGCUGACGAAUUCAAACGUAAAUUCAAGAAAGACAUGAGGAGCAAUCCUAGAGCAUUGAGAAGACUGAGGACGGCAGCCGAGAGAGCGAAACGUACACUUUCUUCAAGCACGGAGGCUACAGUGGAAAUCGACGCUCUCUUUGAAGGAAUUGAUUUCUACACGAAGAUCAGUAGAGCCCGAUUCGAAGAACUUUGCUCCGAUCUUUUCAGAGGUACCCUCCAACCAGUCGAGAAAGCUUUAAAUGAUGCCAAAAUGGACAAGGGGCAGAUCCACGAUGUGGUCCUAGUGGGAGGUUCCACUCGUAUCCCCAAAAUCCAACAACUCUUGCAGAACUUCUUCAACGGCAAGUCUCUGAAUCUUUCCAUCAACCCAGACGAAGCUGUAGCCUACGGUGCAGCUGUCCAAGCUGCAGUAUUAACUGGCUCGACGGACUCGAAGAUCCAAGAUGUUUUACUGGUUGACGUCGCCCCACUUUCACUGGGUAUCGAAACGGCUGGUGGCGUUAUGACGAAAAUCAUCGAACGCAACUCUAGAAUUCCAUGUAAGCAGACGCAAACCUUCACCACUUACGCUGACAACCAGCCAGCAGUCACCAUCCAAGUAUUCGAGGGAGAGAGAGCGAUGACGAAGGAUAACAACCUCCUGGGCACUUUCGACUUGACGGGCAUCCCUCCCGCACCUCGAGGUGUUCCAAAGAUUGAAGUUACUUUUGACAUGGAUGCUAACGGCAUCUUGAACGUCUCGGCGAAGGACACCAGCUCCGGCAACCAGAGGAACAUAACCAUCAAGAACGACAAAGGUCGGUUAUCGCAGAAAGACAUCGAUCGAAUGGUAGAAGAAGCCGAACAGUACAAAGAGGAAGACGAGAAACAACGACAAAGGGUUUCAGCUAGAAACCAACUGGAGGCAUACAUCUUCCAAGUGAAACAGGCUGCUCAGGAUUGCGGGGACAAGUUGAGCUCUGAAGAUAAGAGUACGGUGGAGAGGGAGUGCGAGGCAGCUCUGAGAUGGCUCGACAGUAACACGCUGGCGGAGAAAGAGGAGUACGAAGAUAAACAGAAGGAGUUUACCCGCACCUGCAGCCCUAUUAUGUCCAAACUUUAUGGAGGUGGUGCCGCUAGUGGAGGAAUGCCUGGUGGUAUGCCUGGCGGAAUGCCUGGAGGAAUGCCCGGUGGUAUGCCUAGCGGUGGUAACGGCGGAAGCGGAGGACCAACCAUCGAGGAAGUCGAUUAAACAUCGUAUCGAAAUAUAACCAAAGAAGUUGCAUUUAAAUGUUGCCAUAAGAAUAUAUUUUAUAUAUUAUAUAUAUAAAUACCUAGUUUUGUAUCAUAUAUAAAAACAAUAUUUGUUUUUGUUUGUUGAUAACAUAAUCAAGUCUCCUGUUGGUUCAAUGCUAAAUAUUGUAUAUUUAUUUUUAUGUGUGGUCUGUUAGUAAGUUGUUUUUCUGGUUCAAAUGCUAAUUGAAAUAAAAGGUUAAUUUUUCUUAAA